UUUCGCCACUCUUCAUUUCCACAAGAACAACUCCGACACUACAAAAACGCAUCAUGUCAUCGACUGCUGGUCAACCGAUCAAGUGCCGCGCCGCCGUCUGCUGGGCUGCUGGCCAAACCCUCAAGAUCGAGGACAUUGAAGUCGCUGCCCCGCGCGCAGGCGAGGUCCGCGUCAAGGUCACUGCGACGGGCGUCUGCCACACGGACGAGUACACGCGCUCAGGUGCCGAUGCCGAGGGCGUUUUCCCCGUCAUUCUGGGCCAUGAGGGCGCUGGCAUUGUCGAGAGCGUCGGCGAGGGCGUCACUUCCGUCAAGCCAGGCGAUCACGUCAUUCCUGCGUACAUUCCGCACUGCGGCGAGUGCAAGUUCUGCACCUCCAACAAGACCAACCUGUGCAGCAAGAUCCGUGCUACGCAAGGCAAGGGUGUGAUGCCUGACGGCACCAGCCGCUUCACUUGCAAUGGCCAGACCAUCUACCACUUUAUGGGCACCAGCACUUUCAGCGAAUACACUGUCGUCGCUGAAAUCUCUCUCGCCAAGAUCAGCGAGACUGCCCCCCUUGAGAAGGUCGGCUUGCUCGGCUGCGGCAUCUCCACUGGCUACGGUGCUGCUCUCAACACCGCCAAGGUCGAGAAGGGCUCUACUUGCGCCGUCUGGGGCCUGGGCGCCGUCGGUCUUGCCACCAUCAUGGGAUGCAAGGAGGCUGGCGCAUCGCGCAUCAUCGGCAUUGACCUCAACGCUGACAAGUUUGAAGCUGCCAAGCAGUUUGGCGCGACCGAGUGCAUCUCGCCCAAGACUCUUGGCGACAAGAAGCUGACCGAUCACCUCGUCGAGAUCACCGAUGGCGGUCUUGACUACACUUUCGAGUGCAUUGGCAACGUCAAGACCAUGCGCGAGGCGCUUGAGAGCUGCCACAAGGGCUGGGGUCAAUCCGUCAUCAUUGGCGUCGCCGCUGCGGGCCAAGAGAUCUCGACCCGUCCGUUCCAGCUUGUUACUGGCCGUGUUUGGAAGGGCACCGCCUUCGGAGGCUACAAGGGCCGCAAGGACAUUCCCCACCUCGUCCAGCAGUACGAGCAGGGCCGCCUGAAGGUCGACGAGUUUAUCUCGCACAACGUCCAGCUCGCGGAAAUCAACCACGUCUUUGACCUGAUGCACGAGGGCAAGUGCCUGCGUGGCAUGGUUCACUUUUAAAAGAGUGGCGCCUUUUUUUUUUUUCGAAAGGUUGCUGUCGUUGUGUGCGGCGUUGUGCCAGAAAUACAACGUGAUCUAUCAUCGCACGCCAUCUUCAGUUCAUGUUUUUCUUCUGCAUGGCAAGAUAACGAACGAC